UUAAAAGUAAUUAUAAUAAUAUUUUAUUACUAAUUACGAAAUUAUUCAAUUUAUUAAUUUAAAAAAUAUUCCCUAAAAUUAAUCCAUAUUGCUUACUCAAAGCGAAAUCUACAAAUGUUCGUAUUGAAGAAAUGUGCAGCUCACUUUUAGAUUCCUUACCUUAAAGACCAUUUUGUACUUUAGAAACAAAAUAUUGAACAACGACCAGCUACGUGGCAACAAGCCAUCCAAAGGCCAAAUAAUGGGCAGUUUCGUAGUUAUCAUUUAUCACUUUGCCGUUAGGCACCGUUGCUGGGAAUGAAACACAUUCAAGACACUUGUCUGAAUAUGAACAUCAUUAUUUGCUUACCAAAACAAAAGGAGACUAGGAAAAAAAAAUUGUGCUAUAAAAUGGAGAUGAACCCGAUAGGAUUUCGCCACCAUCUUUUGCAGCCGCAUAAUUUAUAUCUCCCAAUCUGUAACUCAACAUUGUUCUCAUGGCUGAUUUAAACUUACGGCAGUUUCCCCCUCCUCCUUACGCAACGAGUACGACGCAGACCUUGUUCAACCCCCAAGAGGACUUACCGGGACCGAGAUGUGGUCAUACACUCACGGCAGUUUAUCACCGCCUAAUCCUCUUCGGCGGGGUUACUUUAGUCCCGAGCGGUGGAUCCGAUAACAGUUUACAAUGUUUAACCAAUUCAGUAUACUGUCUCAAUUCCUUAACCAAGAAGUGGACAAGGGUUUAUCCAGAAGGUGAGCCUCCAUCUCCUAGGACUAAUCAUGCAGCCGUCUCAUGUGGCGAUGGGGUCAUUAUUCAGGGUGGAAUUGGUCCAUCAGGCAUUUGUAACGGAGAUCUCCACGUCCUUGACAUGAGUAGUGAUACGUUCAAAUGGAAAAAAGUGGUGGUUCAAAAGGGUAUGGCUCCAUGUCCUCGCUAUGGCCAUGUAAUGGGUUUAGCUGGGGAAAAGCUUGUUAUAUUCGGUGGAAUCAACGAAGGAAAUUUGGUUCUCGCCGAUACAUGGGCAUUGAAUACGACUAGGCACCCAAAUGUGUGGGAAAUAUUGUACCCAUAUGGGGACCUGCCUUGUGGAAGAGUGUAUGCUUCUGCUAGUAGUACUCGAGAUCAUCGUUAUUUUAUGCUCAACGGGGGAAGGGACCAACAUGGGAUGCCACUGGGAGAUACUUACAAGCUGGAACCAUUUAGCAGUAGUGGUUUUUGGGUGUGGACUCGUAGUCCACACUUAGAUCUUUCCAAGAGAUACCAACAUGCAGCGGUUUUUGUAAAUCUGCGAUUGCAUGUCUUUGGGGGUGCGCUGAGUAAUACUCACCUAGUCGAUGCUGAAGAAGCUGUUUCAGUGCUUGAUACUUCUACUGGUGUAUGGGUUGAUACUUCUAAUGAAGUUAUGCGACGUAGUCUCCAUGCUGCUGCAUCGAUUGGCAGCCGCAUAUAUGUGUAUGGUGGGAUUAGAGAAGGUGUAUUACUCGACGAUUUACUAAUCUCUGGAGAACUUUUAAGUUCUGGACCAACAGUCCCAUCCUUUUUGUGGAGAUCUCAAAACACUCCAAGGCCGCCUGCGAGUGACAUGAACGAUGGUUAUAAGCCAAAUUUCUCCAGAGAGAAGUUACAUGACUUGGUUAACAAGGUCAUCUCAACCUUGUUAAGACCUCAAACUUGGGAACCUCCUGUCGAUAGAAAGUUCUUUUUGAGCUUCCCUGAAUUGGCUGAACUGUGCUUCGCUGCGAAGCAAAUCAUCGAGCAAGAGCCAACAGUGUUGCAACUAUAUGCUCCAAUAAAAGUCUUUGGAGAUCUCCAUGGUCAAUUCGGUGAUCUGAUGCGGCUAUUUUACGAGUAUGGAUAUCCUUCAAGGCAAGGAGAUAUCGCGUAUAUUGAUUAUUUAUUUUUGGGAGAUUAUGUUGACCGAGGAAAACACAGCUUAGAGACCAUAAUAUUGCUGCUUGCUUUGAAGGUUGAAUAUCCGAAGAACAUCCAUUUGAUCCGUGGAAAUCAUGAGGCUGAAGCGACGAAUACAGUGUAUGGCUUCCUAGAUGAAUGCAUAGAAAGAAUAGUACGUGUCUGUCAAUCUGUUCACAGAAUAUAUAUUUUCUACUUGUUCUUGGCUAAUGAAGUAAUGAUAAUCUUUUUCUCUGUAAACCACCAGGAGUGUAACGAUGGGAAUCGUGCAUUUAAAUUGAUUAAUGAUUUUUUCAGUCAUCUUCCCCUUGCUGCCCUAAUCGAGAAGAAAAUUUUCUGUGUACACGGUGGGAUUGGUUCCUCAGUAUUCACAAUGGAACAGAUUACAAAUAUCAAGAGGCCCGUUGAUAUGGAUUGCGAAUAUAAUUACAAAGUUGUCAAAGACUUAUUAUGGUCUGAUCCUACAGCGCAUGAUAGCAUUUUGGGCAUAGGAGUAAAUGAAAGAGGGUCCCAUAUUGUCUCUUUUGGGCCUGAUAGGGUCAAUGCAUUUUGUGAGAGGAAUGAUAUAGAUAUGAUUAUAAGAGGGCACGAGUGUGUACUUGAUGGUUUCGAAAGAUUUGCACAAGGAAAACUCAUUACUGUUUUUUCUGCUACAAACUACUGCGGAAAGUUCAAAAAUGCUGGAGCAAUAUUAGUUAUCGGUAGAAAUCUAGACGUUGUUCCUAAGUUGAUUCAUCCUCUUCCACCUCCCAUCUCACCUUCAGAAAACGUUCCGGACAAAGCAUGGAUUGAGGUAAGACCUUCUGGACCAGUAUUAUAUAGAUCAUAUGAUCAAACAUGUUUCGGUUGUUGUUUAGAUUUAUUUUUCUUUCUGCUCCCAGUUAUCUCUGUAUAUCUUCACAAAUUUAAAAGUUUGGUAUAAAAUUUAACAUUUUUACCAAAAAAAAACAUGUUUCUGUUGCUGAGUUUAAAUAUUGUUUUAUAGGUGGACAGAGAGAGGCCGCCUACUCCAAUUCGCGGGCAACGAAAGCCUGACUUUGAGCAAGGCUCAACUUCAUAAAGAAGAGAUUUUUUAUUGGGAAGUUGCGGUUGAAGAGGUGAAAGCGUUCGUCUGCAUGUCACAAUAGUGUGGAAGAAACUUAUGAUUAUCAUUUAUCUAGUCCCUAGCUUUUGUUUUCUUAUAACUUUUAAAGAACUUGUUUUACAACUUUAUUUGGUAUUUGAUGGGAGACUCAAGUUUCAAAGUGGAUAA